ACGCGGAGCGAAGGUCACAGGCGGAGCGUAAGUUCGUUCUUUCUAGUGUAAAUUUGCGCUUCACAACCCCCACCCCAACCUAUCCUCUGCGUGUGGGAGUCACUACGGACCUUAAAAUCACCGCACCUGCCCCUCGGCCCCAAGUCAACCUCUAAAGACUCACGUUGUCUGAGGAAGAAACUCAGAAGAGGAGGGAGAGGAAAGAAGGAGGAGUCAGAAAUGGCCGUGAGUCAGGGACAGUUGACCUUUGAGGAUGUGGCCAUCACGUUCUCUCAGGAGGAGUGGGAAUGCCUGGACCCUGCUCAGAGGGCCUUGUACAGGGACGUGAUGGUGGAGACCUGCAGGAACCUGAUCUCCCUGGCUGUCUCUCAUAUACAUAUGAUCAAGAAAUUAAAACCAAAAGCGAACAGUGACACAGGAGAAGUAUUCCGAACAGUGAUGUUGGGAAGACACGAAAGCCAUGAAAUCAGAGAUUUUUACUUCAGGAAGAUCCAGGAAAACAUGCAUGUGUUUGAGUGUCAGUGGAGAGAUGAUGAAAGAAAUUACGAAGGAAUGCCUAUAACCCAUAGUGCAGAUCUCACUGACAGAAAAAAUCAACAUGGUGGAAGGGAUACUGGGAACAAACUUAUUGAAAAUAAGCUUCCGUUAAGCUUUCGGGAUGAACCGCAUAUAUUUAAAAGUGAAGAGAAAUUUGAUGAAUUUAAUCAGGCUGACAAGAGUAUCAACAGUAGUGCCUCAUUUUUACCACGUCAAUCAAUUUCUCCUAUUGUCCAAACCAACAUUUCUAAUACAUAUAAGAAUGACUUUAUGCAUCCUUCAGUACUGACACAAGACCAGAAAGCAUACAAGGAAAAACCUUACAAAUGUAAUGAGUGUGGCAAAACCUUUCCUUAUGGCUCAAACCUCAGUAGACAUCAGUUAAUCCAUACAGGAGAGAAACCAUAUAAUUGUGAUGUAUGUGGUAAGGUGUUUAGUCGAAAUUCAUACCUUGCGUGUCAUCAGAGAAUUCAUACUGGAGAGAAACCUUACAAAUGUAAAGAGUGUGGCAAAGCCUUUAAUCAGCGCUCAAACCUCAGUCGACAUCAGGUCAUCCAUACAAGAGAGAAGGCAUAUGAAUGUGAUGUGUGUGGCAAGGUCUUCAGUCGAAAAUCAAUCCUUGGAAGUCAUCAGACGGUGCAUUUUGGAGAGAAAUCUUACACAUGUAAUGAGUGUGGCAAAGCCUUCAGGAAGCAUUCAAGCCUUACUCAGCAUAAGAGGAUCCAUACUGGAGAGAAGCCUUACCUGUGUGUUGAGUGUGGAAAGGCCUUUAGGAAGCAUUCAAAUCUUACACAACAUAAGAUAAUCCAUACUGGAGAGAAACCUUACAGAUGUAAUGAGUGUGGCAAAGCCUUCAGUGUGCACUCAGCCCUAAGGAACCAUCGGAUAAUCCACACAGGAGAGAAACCAUACAAAUGUGAUGUGUGUGGCAAGGUCUUUAGUCGAAAUUCAGUCCUUGCAAGUCAUCAGAGGCUGCACACUGGGGAGAAACCUUACAAGUGUAAUGAGUGUGGGAAGUCAUUUAUUCAACGUUCACUCCUUUGGAUUCAUGAGAAAAUUCAUACUGGUGAGAAACCUUACAAAUGUGAUGAGUGCGGCAAAGCCUUUCCCGUGCGGUCAAUCCUUACCCAACACAUGAGAGUCCAUACUGGAGAGAAACCUUAUAUAUGUGUUGAAUGUGGCAAAGCCUUUACAAAACAUUCAAAUCUUACUCAACAUAAGACAAUCCAUACUGGAGAGAAACCGUACAAAUGUGAUGAGUGUGGCAGAGCUUUUACCCAAAUUUCAAGUCUUAGUAGGCAUCAGAGAAGGCAUACUGGAAAGAAACCAAAUAAAUGUAGUGUGUGUGUCAAGGCUUUGAUGCAGCAUUCACAGCUUUGGGGUCAUGAGAGAACUCACACUGGAGAACUCAAAUGCAAUUUAUGUGGCAAGGCUUUUAUCCAUCACUCAAGCCUUGCGGCACAUCAGAGGAUUCAUAGAGGAGAAAGACCUUAUAAAUGUAAUAAAUGCGAUAAGGCUUUUAUCCAGAAUUCACAACUUUGGCGUCACAAGAAAACUCAUAUUGGAGAGAAAUCUCAUAAAUGUAAUGAGUGUGGCAAAGCCUUUACAGAUAGUUCACAUCUUAAUCGACAUAAGAUAAUUCAUACUGGUGAGAAACCUUACAAAUGUCAGGAGUGUGGCAGAGCUUUUACCCAAUUUACAAACCUUGCUAGGCAUCAGAAAAUACAUACGGAAAAGAAACAUUAUAAAGCUGAUACAUGUGGCGGUGCUUUUAUUAAAAGCUGAAGCUUUGGGGAUCAUUGGAGAAUUCAUAGUAGAAAGAAUAUAAUACAAAUAUAAGGAUUGAGAUAAAACUUAUGCAGGUGGUCAAGCCUUAAGAUCAGAGACUCCAUCAAGGAGAGAAAUCAUAUAAAACUUAAGUAUGUGGCAAAGCUUGCAACGAGGCUUGUGGAGCAUAACAGAAUUCUUACUAGAGAGAAACCUUCCAAAUGUAAUGACAGUGAUCAGCUUUGUCAGAAAUGUGUACCUUUGUGGUCAUGAAUGAACUCACAUAAGAUAGAAACUGUACAAGUGUGUCAAGACCUUUAAGCAGUGACCUCAGGAUACACCACAAAGAAUUCAUACCGGAAAGAAACAUUACAAAUGUAACAAAGGUGAUAAAGUGUUCAACCAAUGCUGUCAAUCGACUUACACAUAAGAAAAUUUAUACUCGGGGAACUAAAUCUGCCAGUGGAGAAAGGACGUCUGUGGGAAAGUUUAAUUAUCUUCAGUUUGUGAAAUUUUUUAAUUCAGUUAUUUGAGGUUUCUUGAAAAAGCUACAUUAUUGUUGAUGAUCUGCAACCUGAAGUUAGAAACCUGUUGAUGUCAUAGUUUCAUUACAUGCUUUUCAUUUGUCACCAUGAUGGUUUCAGGGAAGGGAUCAGUAAGAUGAAAGGACCUACUUCUUGGGAAUUCCCUGGCGGUCCAGUGGUUAGGACUCCGCACUCUCACUGCCAAGGACCCAGGUUCAGUCCCUGGUCAGGGAACUAAGAUCCCACCAGCUGCGCUGCAUGGCCAAAAAAAUUAAAAAGGACCUACUUCUUUAGGUGGGGUUUAUUCAUAUCCGUGUAACCUAGAAAAACUAGGACACAAUUUUAAGAUACAAUAUGAUAUAAAUUUGAGAGCCUGGGGAGUGACAGAACAGGUGAACACUAAUAAUACAUUAUUUGGCUGGCUGGGUUGAAUGGCAUCUAUAACAGUCUCUUUCCAUGUUAGACUCAAACAACUUACAGUUUUGAAAAUGUAUAUUCAUAAUUUGCAUUUAGCUAUUCACUCCAUGGUGUAUCCUAGAUUAUUUCUGUGGCUAUAAUAAAAAUACAGUGAAAUUUCAGAUUCUCACACCCUAAUACCUGCCUCCCCAUUCAUGGAUAUACACGAUAUGAUUAUAGUUUUGCCUGCCUUUUUGUGUGUGGAGGCCAAAAUUAGACCCGUGGAUUGCACCUUUACAUGAAGUGAAAAUAGAAAUAUAGUAAGGAUACGAAAAAUAUAAGAAAAUAGAAGAAAUUUCAGAAGUAAAGACAAAUAUAACAGCCUAUUUUUUGUAAUUGGAGCACUCAGGGAAAUAAUUUGAAAGGAUCGGUGUUCAUGAGUUUCCUUUUAAGAAUGAACAUACACAAUGCGAAUUUUUUGGAUAGCUCAUAUAUUCACCCUGUAACACAUGUUUUGUUAGCUUGAACUUGUGCUGACUCUGCUGGAAGAGGACAGCCCCACUCAGGUUUUGGAUGUCCGGACUAAUGGUUCCAUACACAGAGUGUUUGCAUGUGAAUGUUUGUUACUUAACGAGCCUUUCUGGGGAGAGCAGGGUAGACUUCUCAAGUUGUUCCAAAAAUGGCUACAGAGAGCAGAGAAUGGUGACUGGCUUGUGUUAGGGUGGAUACAGGACCAGGCUGGAGUGCUGGUGCUUUCUUGUGGUGUGAACCUACAACUGCUGCCAAGGGAGGGAGCAUUCAGGCUUUAUCAUCAGCCUGCCCUGCCCAGUUGGGCAGAAUCAGAAGAGGUUUUAGUGAGGCUUAAAGGUGGUGGUAGUCAGACAUCGACAACGGAAACAGACUCUUUCGUAUAAAACUGAAUGUUUACACUUGAAACUCCUGAAUUCUUGGUUGGGAAGAGACCACAGUUUUCAUCCUGUGAUAACAUACUUGCUCCAUUCCUUCUCCUGAUGCACACGGAGGUCCCAUUGCACAAUAUGAUGAUUGAAAAUGGUUGUGAAAUCCUAUUUACAUAAAUUGCCUAAGAUAUUUUCAUACUUGUUUCAUGAAAAUAUGUGGAAGUGUGUAUGAGACAGUACAUAAUGAUUCAAUAAUUUUUCAUAAUAGCCAUUUUUGAAAGGCUAUAAAAAUCUAUUUGAAGUUACAGUAAUAAGCAAUAUGUUGCAUAGUUUCUAAACUGUAGAAACAUUCCAUUUUGUUAGUCACAUUUAUCGUCUUUUUAAAAUACUGUUUAGCCCAAUUUGUGUACUUAAUUUGUAUUUCCUUUUUUAUGGAUUCAGUGAAAAAUCUGGAGGAUGCAUAAAUCAAGUUAUUUUCAGUUUUGUGUGGUAUGAAAAUGUACAUGGAGCAAUGACAGGUACAAAGCAUGUGUUAUAUAAACACAAAGAGGCCUCUCACGUUUUUUUAAUUUAGGUUGAGAGAAUUGAAAUGAUGCGAGAUAAUGAACUAAAGUCUCAGAAUGUGGAAGCAGGAGGCUUGUCGCUAAUGUGCAGGUGCGUCACUGGAAUUUCUGGAAACUCGAUAUGUUAAUUUUAUCUUACAGUGUAUCUCUUCAGUUCCUCCCCAUCUUGCCCUUAUUCCUGUCAUCGUCUUUUCCUUCCAUUAGUACAAUGGAAACUGGAACUCAUAUCCCCAACACCUUGUAGGCCAUGGUUAGUAUAAUAGAGCAGAUCUCUUUCCUGAGCUUGAUAUGGAGAUACUAGAUUUUGUUUUGUUGAGGUAUAAUUUGCGUAUGAUAAAAUUCACACUUUUUAAGUGCACGGUAUGGUAGGACUCGUAUGUUUACAAUGUCCAACCACAGUAUUUUCAUCAUUCAUCACUCCCCUGUAAAAAACAAAAACCUGCACACUUUAGCAGUUAUUCCAUAUUCCAUCUCCAGCCACAAGGAAACAUUAAGUUACCUUCUGUCUGCAUGAAUGUGGCUCUUUGGGGCAUAUCAUAUAAAUUAAGUCAUAUAACGUGGCCUUAUUUCUCUCUUCUUUCAGUUAGUUUACUGUCUACAAGGGUCAUCCAUAUUGUAACAUUUAUUAGUGCCUCAUAACUUUUUAUUGCUGAGUAAGUAAUAUCCACAGUUUGAUUAUCCAGUUGUCACUCAUUGGAGGGGUUCUUUACACAUUUUGGCUGUUAAGAAAAAUGCUUCUAUGGACAUCUUUACAAGGAGUCUUUGUGGGUAUGUGUUUUCCCUUCUCUCAGGUAUAUUUGUAUAAGAGGAAGUUCUGAUUGUGAUAUUGUGAUUUAUGACAUAUAGAUUUGGUCAUUCAGAUGAGUAAUGCAUUACUUCCACUCACACUCUAUUUGGCGAAACUGUUCUCAAGGUCUUGCCUAGUUGCACAGUGGCUGAGAAAUUAGGGGAACGCAUAGCUCUUGAUGUGGAGCAGUUAAGAGUGAAGAAAGUCAUUAUGUUGGUGUAAUUACCAUGCAACUAUAUGUGGAAAUUAAAAUGAAUAAAAGUUAAAAAUAUAAUUGAGAAGUAUAAGGUAAGAAUUAUUUCAUGUCUUUCAGAACAAACAUAACUUUAAAAUAACAUUUUAAGUUCAUCCUCAAUUGAGUAUGUUUGCCAUUUCCAGGGAAAUCCUGUUGACAUCUCUGCUGCUUCAUGGGAAAUAUUUAUUGUAGAUUUCCCAAUUCUGAACAUCACUGAGUUACGAUAUAACAGUUAUAUUUCCAUUAAGUUAUAGUCCAAUAUGAAAAUACAUUUAGAGAUGACAUUAAACUACUUCCCAAGUACAAGCCUUUCGUAUGUCUCUCACUGUCAGGGAGGAUGGCAUGAAUGAAUAACAUCUCAAAAUGGAUUUUUUAAUUUCUUACCCUGAUACUAGAAUCAGAAUAUCUGUAUUAAAACUUGAAGAAUUAUUAUUUUUUUAAUUUAUUUUAUUUUUUAAUUCAUUGUGGGCUGCGUUGGGUCUUCGUUGUUGCGCGUGGGCUUUCUCUAGUGCAGAGCGGGGUCUACUCUUUGUUGCGGUUCGCGGGCUUCUCAUUGCAGUGGCUUCUCGUUGCGGAGCACAGGCUCUAGGCGCUCGGGCUUCAGUAGUUGUGGCACACGGGCUCACUAGUUGUGGUUCACAGGCUCUAGAGCGCAGACUCAGUAGUUGUGGUGCACGGGCUUAGUUGCUUCGUGGCAUGUGGGAUCUUCCCGGACCAGGGCUCAAACCUGUGUCCCCUGCAUUGGCAAGCAGGUUCUUAACCACUGCGCCACCAGGGAAGUCCCUGAAGAAUUAUUUUAGUUUGUUUAGGUUGAGAUGAAGCUGAAAGGAAAUAAAUCUUCCAAUUUUAAAAUAAAAAAUAAACUUUCCAGGUACUUUCAGAAUGAAUGUAUAAUAAAUUUGAAAUUACAUUAUAUUUACAUAUUA